UUUGUUGGUUGAUACAGAGAGGCUGUCGUAUACCAAAUGGGGGAUGUUGUAAGCUUCAGUGAGGUGGGGAGGCUUGGCGAGGAACAAUAAAGUGCUUGACAGAAAAUAUAAUCAGAAGGACCUUUGAGGAGUAACUCGUGUGCAUUUGGGCGGCGGAAACACUGGAAUUAGUUUUUUGUGAAGGUUUACUAGUGAGGACUUAGUUUAAAGUCACACCCUGAAGAGGAACAAGGCCACCGGUAUGACCCAUCACCUCCUCGGGGUCCUCAGCUCCUAACCGCCGCAUAUUAACAGGGGUUGAUACACACAGCAGCAACCAUGGGGUGUGCAAUGAGUAAUGCUGCUGAUAAAGAAGCAGCAGAGAGAAGUAAAAAAAUAGACAAAGAUCUCCGGCUUGCAGGAGAGCAAGCUGCCAGAGAGGUUAAACUUUUAUUACUUGGUGCUGGAGAAUCUGGGAAAAGCACAAUCGUCAAACAGAUGAAAAUCAUUCAUGAGACUGGUUACUCUCGCGAGGAAUGUGAGCAGUACCGACCUGUUGUCUACUCCAACACCAUCCAAUCCCUUAUGGCCAUAAUUAGAGCCAUGGGGCAGCUUAAAAUUGACUUCAAAGAUUCCAGCAGAGCUGAUGAUGCUCGACACUUCUUCACAUUAGCAAGUGCAGCAGACGAAGGAGAGUUGACUCCUGAGUUAGCAAAUAUCAUGAAGCGUUUGUGGAAUGAAAGUGGUGUCCAGCACUGUUUUAGUCGGUCUCGGGAAUACCAGCUGAAUGACUCUGCAGCUUAUUACCUAAAUGCCCUGGACCGCAUCGCUCGGCCAGGGUAUAUUCCUACACAGCAGGAUGUCCUGCGCACGAGGGUGAAAACCACAGGCAUUGUUGAGACAAACUUUUCUUUCAAAGGUUUAAAUUUCAAGUUGUUUGACGUGGGUGGUCAAAGAUCUGAAAGGAAGAAGUGGAUCCAUUGCUUCGAGGGAGUGACUGCCAUCAUCUUCGUUGUUGCACUGUCAGGAUAUGACUUGGUCCUAGCAGAAGAUGAGGAGAUGAACAGGAUGAUUGAAAGCAUGAAGCUCUUUGACUCUAUUUGUAAUAACAAAUGGUUUGUUGAAACAUCAAUCAUUCUCUUUCUGAACAAAAAGGACUUGUUUGAUGAGAAAAUAACAAAGUCACCACUGACCAUCUGUUUCCCAGAGUAUCAAGGCACCAACACGAUGGAGGAGUCUGCAACUUACAUCAAAAUGAAAUUUGAGAACCUCAACAAGCGAAGGGAUCAAAAAGAAAUCUACACCCACUUUACCUGUGCUACAGACACUAAUAAUAUACAGUUUGUGUUUGAUGCUGUUACAGAUGUCAUCAUUAAGAACAAUCUCAAGGACUGUGGACUUUUUUAAUGCAAACAUUUGCUAACCAUUUAUGGUCUCUUGAAAGCCAAAUCUUCUGCCAUUGAGAGCAUCCAUCAGUGUGGAGGAAAAUUUCCUUCUCAUCUCGCCAAAUAUUAACAUUCCUAUGUGGAAAAGUGUAUCAAAGUACUGGCAUGUUAUUGCAAGGUGUCAGAAAAUGUGUACGAGUGUAACCCUUAGGGAGGCAGUAUUUGGAAAAAAUCAUAUGGCAGUAUGUCCGAGUGUAUGUUUUGUAUAGUUGAACUCUACUUAUUCUACAAGUGUAUGCACAAAGCCAAUAAUAAUAUUUAGGAUUACCGAAUGUGGAACCAGUGUGUGCCAUGUGUUUCUUUGGGCCAGUGUUUAUUUGGACUGACGUGUGGCCAUGUGCACUAUGCUCAUGUUGUGAUGCUUAGAAACUUUUAUGGUGUUGGUUUGCGCUGAAAAAAUAAGCAUCCUCUUCUUGAAGCCUAUUGAUAGUUUUGUUGAUCCAGCUUAUAAAUUAGCAAAGCAAAAAGUUGUGAUAUGUGGCUAGAAAAAUUGACCCCCUUCAUAUUUAAUCCAGGAAAUAUUGAGUUUGAUGGCAAAUGAGACUUAUUUGAAAUUACUUAACCUUUACUUAUUAUUUUUUAUUUUUUGUCAGUCCCUAUAAAGGAAACCACCAGAGGUACAGCCAGGGACCAUGCCUAGUAUUCAUUGUGGGACUGACUUUAAUGUUUCAUCCUUUUGUUUUCACCUCUCAAUUACCAUAUGCACUUGGUUAUCUCAUUCCCACUGUCCUUUCUUCCACAUAAAUCCCUCUCCAGGUAAAGAGAAGCAAUAGAUUUAGGUCAUUUAAUCCCUUGGGAUGUUUCCUUCAAUCAUUUAGCAAGGAGACAUAUAACUGUUAGGCCUUUUCUCUGUAGGGAUAGAAAUUCACUCCCAUUUUUCAGUUAGUCAACCAGACUAACAAAAUAAAUUUUUAGUCCUUCACAAACAUUUAUAAGACCUUCCAAAUUUUACAAAACAUUAUAAUGUGUAUCUGAAGUGGAAGGGGUGCACAAGGUGGAUAGGAAGAGAUGUAGAAUAAGGUUGAGGUGCCACAUAUGGGUAAAACAAAUGGCAAGCAAAUGGAAACAAGAAAACAGCAAAGUUGUGUGAUCAUUGCUUUUGCAUGGCUGUCGUUGCCUUGAAUUAGCCCCAAAGCAGAAAUGAGGCAGUUGUGCUGUUUGUGGAUUUAACUCUCCUCAACUCAACCAUUAGUUUAUUGAGAAAUUUAGUUUUAUUCCAUCACUUUUAUGAUUGGAUGUAAUUGUUUUAUAGGUACUCUUGAUUAUUUCCAAAUACAUAUAUUAGUAUAUUUAAAGAAUUAGAAAGAACAAUAAACUUAUAGAUAUAUAUAGAAUACUGUAGUAUACACAUUAAGAUUAAAAACAAACAUACUGUUGAAGACUAAAGUUGUAUUUAUUUAUUGGUGAAAAAUGCAAACAGAAAGCAUAACCCAAGAUUGACUCAAUAAUUUCAAAAAUAUUGUAGAUGAAUUGAAUGAUAAUUUUCUUUGUGGAGUAUAUUAACAAUGGUAGUGAGGGAAGAACCACUGCCUUCUAAUUGGCUGGGAGGGUCAUGUUAUCUUAACCACCAUGCGCUAAUUGGUUUGUUGCCCCUCUUAGUACGUUGCCUCGCCACCUCUUGGAGUUUGAUGCUGCUGCUGUUUCCACAAAAUUUUCAGUUCUGUAAAAUACUUGAGGUAGUUGGGAAGUUUGGAAACAGUCAUCUUCCUCAUUUUAUGUGUGUGUGUGUAAUAAUAAUAAUAAUUAUAUAGUAAUA